AUGGCCCCCAAAGCACUGCAGAGUGUCAUAAAGUGGCUCUAUGGGCAUUCCGAACCUCGAGUUCUCCUUCUCGGAGAGGCGGCUUCUGGGAAGACUACCUUUCUUUCCCAACUUAUCCUUGGUCAGGUAGUCUACACAAUUCCAACCAUGGGCUACUAUCUCACACCAUUCGACUAUAAAUGGCGCACAUAUAUGCUCUGGGAUACUGGAAUGGGAUGCUUUCGGUACCCAAAUUGGUUAGCAUACUUUUAUACCGCAGAUACAUCCGUCUUGUUUUUCCACGACUGCACCUGGGGUGAGGAAUACACACAACAAAGCCUUGAUCUCCUCUCUAGCAUUGGUAGAGAAAUGCUCCAUGUGGGUUAUAGAAGUUUAUGGGUUAUCUUAAACAAGCAAGACUCUCUGUCUGCAGAAGGCGUUGAUCAUAUACGCCGGAUAUACGACAAAAAGUUGAAGGAAAUGUUUGAUGAUCCGGUCAAUUGCAAAGUGAUUGAUUAUUUCGUGAGUGCAAAGACCGGGGAAGGGGUCAAGGAGGUUAUGGAUGAUCUACAUGUCUUCAUGACUGGCAUAAAACAAGGUCACCAUCAGCAACGAAUACCUAAACACAUUGCCCAGAAACAGUCCCAGAAAGAGCAGGUAUCAGUGGAUCAUGACCUCAACGUGCGAAUCGAAGAGGAAGGCUCCAGAGAUAAUAUGGACCCUCAACAAUUUUGGCAUUCGUUUUUGAGUGCUAAUUUGACGGAGUGGGAUCAUCGCAGUCACCUCAAAUCAGGCUUCAUUGUUACCUUGGAGUCAAUCAAGGAAGGAAAGAAUGUGUUCGAUAUGGCGGAAACGUUCCUUGGGCAUUUAAAGAGACUGAGAACGAUGAAACCCGAUCUUUUUCGCAACACAGAACAUCGACUCCAUACCGGAAAAGAAGAAUUCCCAUCCUGGAAUGACUUUCAACAAGUCCUCCUCUAUACACCAUCACUCAUGAACACCGGCCUUUGGAGAUUAUACUACACCAAAGAACAUAUGUUCUCUGAAGCAGCACGGGAGUCGUGGUCACUUCCUGACCUGCAACCCCUGCCUGGGAUAUCAAGUCCACAUCAUGAUUCUCCCUCCGGGCAAGUCAGUAACCCGGACCGGCUCCUCCAAUACGCCUUUGCAGUUGUCCAAUAUACUCUAACUUCGGGCUCUCGUCGCGGCCAAGUUGUCAAGGAAGCACUCGAUUCGCUAAAGAUAACGACAAUGCGCAUCAGAACGACAAACUCGUCCGUUCCUCCCUAUUCCGAAACACAGGGCUAUUUCUGGAUUCAAGUAGUUCAUGCCGCCAUCCAAUCACUCAAGGCAACCCCAGGCAGUUCAACAGGCGAAAGGUCAAUAAUUGACAUCCCUGCAUCACGCAUUAGCUCCGCUACUCUUAAUGCGCUUUUCGGACUGAACUCAUCUACUUGGAGACACCACUACUCUGAGAAAGUCUGGAAUAGCAUUUCCGCACGCAUGGAAUUUGUCCAACCAGACCUCAAACCGAUACCAAAUAUUAUCACCAUCUCAUCCCAAUCCCAGGAGCAGGCCGCUCUUUUUAAGCAGAUGGAGGUCUCUCUCCUACAGAGAAGUCCUGGGCUGCCAACCCUCGAGUGCCUUUCUUUCCAGGCGAUCUGGGUCAUUCGAGAUGUACAAGCACUGGCCGAAUCCUCGAUGGUAGAUUCUCCCAGUAUAUCGAGCCAUUCGCACUUGCUACUCUAUUUGUAUAGGAAGCUUAUACUGGGAUCAGAAAAUGGCCUGCCAGGAAAGACUGCAUUGGAACAAGCAGAGAAAAUGUCGGGUCCUCAGUUGGAUUCAGUCACCCACAAGAUGUUCUGGAUUCAAGUUUUCUUAAUUGCUAUGGCUCGUGCAGAGGCUUCUAGGGGAAUGGCCGACAAGCAGACGUCCCGGGAAAAAGUCACAUUUGAAGCAUUUAUCCGAGGCAAUCUCCAUCUGGUUCAUGAAGAUUUGCCAAGCUUAUAUUACACCCCGGAGAUCUGGCAAAGUAAAGAGGCAUUUGAGGUAAUGAUUGCGCCUGACAGGAGGAGGAUGGAUAGGUUUCUCGAAUCAAGGCUUAAGGACAAGCUGGAAGAAUUUGUUUUUAUCUAG